UGAAUUAACUUGUAAAUAACAUAACCAUGGCUUUAGUAGCUUAUGACAACAGCGAUUCAAGUGAAUACGAGGAUGAGGACAAUGAUAACUCGCCUAUUGCUAUUUUGAACGAACACAUUGAAACUAAAGAUGUACAAGCAUCAUCUUCAUCAUCUGAUACUUCAGCUCGUGCAUCAGACUCCAACAGUGAAAGUCUCUUUACUCGGCUGCCUCAACCAUCAGCGAAGAAAUCAUUAGUUGUUGAAGAAGAUGAUGAGUUCUUACACAAGAAGGAAAAAUCUAAUAUUGUGAAACCUAAAGCUAAGAUCACUGUGCCGUCACUAAGUGAUUUCAAAGAUGUAAAAGUUACAGUACCUAAACCGAAGAUUACCAAUGGGAAAAAGUCGGGAUUACUUAGCAUCCUACCGCAACCUAAAAAUGCAGUCAUGACCAAAACAAUAUCCCUGGUCCCUCAGCAACUAACUAAGAAACCUACAGCAACAGUGAAGAAAAAGAUACUGACACUAUCACCUGAUAAAAAAUCAAAAACGAACAACAUACUUCACAACAAUUACUCGGAUGACAGUGACAAUGAUGAUGAAGUACAAAAUGACUUUUUCUCCAUAAACAAACCAGUUGAAAUACCUGCUUAUGAUGGUCCAUUAGAUAUUGAUAAACCUAUAGAAGUAGUAACGCAAAAUAAAAGACCAAGAAGCAUUGAGUCAUAUUUUAAAAAAGAUGUUCCAAAUCAAGUGGAAUUGCAACCAGAUUAUGCAGAACCUGAUAAUCCAACACAAUCUAUGGAUGUUAGCAGUAAUGUUGCAAGUAACUAUGGCAUAGAAGAAGGUCCAAGUUACAGUGGUGAAACAGCUGCAAGUUCAAAUAAUGGGGCAAUUGUGUUGGAUGAUGAGGCUAUACGCCAACUAUGCGGCGCCCGGGGCAAGCGCAAGCGUGAAGAAAUACAAAUCGUCGAUGUGAAUCAACAAGAAGUCUUAGCAGAGGCGCGUGAGUUACUGAUGAAAGGUCUUAUGGAUGACACCACCAAGAGAGUGUCGUCAAGUAAAAAGAAGGGUAACGAGCCUACCAGUCAGCAGAGAAGGAAGCAUCAGAUCACUUAUUUGGCACAUAAAGCUAAAGCGAAUGAAGUGGAUUUGCAAAACCAAUGGGCAAACAAUAGGAUGUCAAGGAGACAAACCCAAUCUAAAUACGGUUUUUAACUGGACAGAUCAAAUUUAGUUGUUAUUGUAUUGUAAAUAUUAAGUUAAGGAUUUAUAAUAAAACAAUCUUGUACAACAAAUUUAUAUUACUA